ACCCUUGCGGUCGCUCAUCAAAGCCUGGCAUCACAUGAUGAAUCUCAAUCUUUCCGCGUCUUUGAAUAUCUUCAAACUCAUUGCCAGGCCUUCUCUUUGCCUUCCGCAUCAAACCGUCUCCACAUUCAAUGAUCUACCAAUACCCUUGAACAAGGUCCUUGAGGCACAAGGCAGGAAAGCCGAUAUCAGAGCCGUCGUCUUGGACAAGGACGACUGUUUCGCAGUUCCCGAAACCAACCAUGUAUACAAACCUUAUGAGACCCGUUUCGAGGAGUUGAAAGCAGCGUACCCCGGCCGUCGCCUUCUCAUAGUGUCGAACACGGCGGGUGCGACCAGUUAUGACGGGAACCUAGCCAUGGCUGCAGAGCUCGAGGCAGGGACAGGCCUCACUGUGCUGCCUCACUCAUCGAAGAAGCCUGGCUGCGGUGCCGAGAUCAUGGAGUACUUCAGGCAACACCCUGAAACUGGCGUCUCUCAUCCGUCACAAGUUGCUGUUGUUGGAGACCGCUUAAGUACUGAUAUCAUGAUGGCCAAUAUGAUGGGUAGCUGGGGCUUUUGGGUCAAGGAUGGUGUCGUUCCCAAUCAAGAGAAGAGCAUGUUCUCCCGGCUAGAAAGAAGGCUAGCCGCUUCACUCCUGGCGAGGGGCUAUCAAACUCAAGACCCGUCGAGUCAAUUCGAAUAAAAAGGUACGGUCUGCAUCAUUUGUCCAAC